GUAUUGCACACUCCUCUUCACCUCGUUCUCCUCUAGGGAAGAACAAAAAAAAUUUCAGGCCUUUUCCCACUCUUCAGGUCCCAGCAUGGGUGGACGCUUGGUGUUGCAGAGUGUGCUGAUCCUGUGGCUGGUACAGUGUGUGCAUACUGGGGGUUACGCUGCAGGAGUGUCUGGUGUUCCUAAUGGCCAUGAAGCGCACUUUAAUGGAAGAGGUGUUGGGAUACCAAUCGGCACACAAAAUGGAUACCCUCAUAAAGGCUAUGGAGGAGUUGCCGGGAUGGCCCACGGAGGCCGAACAAAAGGCAACGGGAGAGGUCAAGGAGGGUGGCCGCAAGGAUAUGGCAGCCAUGCUGGUGCCACCAACCACCAUCCACUGAAAGGCAACGGCUACAGAGCUCACGCCGGUGCAUUUGCUGGCCAAGGAAAUAAAGGUUACGGAGGUCCUGCUGCCGGCCCCCAGAAUGGAAACAAAGGUCAGAUGAAAGGUUACGGUCCUACAACUGGUGCGCUUGGUGGAGUUCAGCCAAAUGGUUAUGCACACAGCGGGCUUGCAAGUAAAGGUUACGGAUAUGGAGCAAAAGCUGGUCUACCAAACAGAGCCGGAAGCAAUGGCCUGGGGGGUCCUGAACGAAAACCCGUGAAAGGAUACGGCCAGCCUUACUAUGGAGCAGGUGCCGGUGUGGGAGCGUCCCAUGGUCAGGGACUGCCUCAGCCUGCCAGGAACCAGGCCAACGCGUAUGGUACUUACGGUACACUACCGAUAGGUGGCUACACCGGUGGUUACGGUGGGAUGAGCCUGGGACGGCGGUACGGAAGUGGAGGAAUCAAAGGACCCAAACCAGGUUAUGGAUACCCCAAUGGUGGCACUCGCUAUCCUGUAAAGCCAGGAUAUGGAAAUGGUGUCAAGCCAAAUGGAUACGGACUAAACAGAGGAGGUUACGCCCCGGGAGUUGUCCCAAUUGGAUACGGCGCCAAACCUACUGGUUAUGGAGCUGGAGCUGGUGGCACAAAAGGAUAUGGAGCCAAACCCCAUGGAUAUGGAGCAGGAGGAUUCGGACCUCAGGGCCAUAAAGGUGUUGGACCGGCAACACCUGGGCAAGGUCUUGGUGGUUCUGCUGGCAUAGCAAACCAACCAGCGAAAGCGCCAAAUUCUGGAUUUGGCCAGAUGCCAUAUGGUAAAGGUCCAAAGAUGCCAGGUGCCCCAAAAGGUCAAGGUGGUCUUAAAGGUGAUGUCCUGACACCUCAGCAACCAGGCCCAACUCUCCGGGAGGGCGCCUCACCCCAGCGGCCAAUCAUGGAAGGUGACACGCUGCCUCCGCCUGAGCCCACCAGUGGCCGGCUUGUACUGGUCACCCAAGACCAGUACCAGAAGCUGCCCUCACCUGUGCCACAAGGGAAAAAUUACAUUCAGCCGCAGGUUACGCCGAGACAUGCGCCUUUUUUCCCUCAAGGCAAAGAGCCCAAGUUUGGGCCCGAAUCUUCUCCUGGCUCAGUGCACAUGAAACCACUGGACAAAGGUUUGAAGCCUUACGAAGCCGGACCGGCAGGAGGUAGACCUGUAGAGAAUGGAGGAGGACCUCCGAUAUCCAAGGGCCAAGGAGCCAAAGCUGGAAAACCUGACUGUGGCCCAGGAGGUCCAAAUGGACAGUGGAUAAAAAUACCAAGACCAGGAGCAGCAGGCACCAACACCAAAGGUUACGGCGCAGGAGCAGGUGUUCCAAACCGAUUUGGCAUCAAACCUGGUUAUGCUAACAAUGGAUAUGGAGGCUUUGGAUAUCCCAGCGCAGGCAAAGGCCAACAACCAAUUUACAGACCAGAAGCCAACCUUGGAGGAGCUGGCUAUGUCAAGGGAAACGCUUACCCAGGAAAUGCAGGUCCCGGUGAACAUUCUCAAGCAGGUGGUGGCGUGCAAGUGCCUUACAACGGCGCCCCAGCUGGGGUAGAUGGUUCGAAUCAGCCUGAGCCACAGCCAGUUGGCCUCGGUCCGAAUGGAAAACAAGGCCCGGUGUACGGUGGAAUGGAGGGCUUGCCUUACGGGGGUCAGGCUGGGAUGGGACCUGAGAAAGCCAACGCCAAGUAUGGCAUUGGUGGAUUGCAGUGUGGUGGCAACCCUCAAACAGGAAAUAAUGGCGGAGGUUAUUAUGGAUACGGCGGCAUUGGCCAUCUUCUAGGUCUCGGCAAUAAUGGACACAUGGCUGGCAAAUACGGCUAUGGAAGAAUGCCCCACGAUGUUCAACCUGUUGGCUUUGCCCCUCAGCUCCAGUCUCCUGGUGAAUGUUUUGCAGUGGUGGUGACGGGUUCGUUGGACCACAAGGUCACGGUGGAGAAGGGAAGCCUGCUGGGAAACACGCAGAUAAUUUGGCACACCACCAAGGCCAGCCUCUCCAAUCGGCAUCGGACGGCCGAUCAGGUAGAGAAGUUGGAAGGCAAACUUGAAAUGUAA